AACGGGUCCACAAACUGGUUCGACCGUCCUUCCUUCCUUCCCCCAGCAACUGCCUCGUCCUUCAGUGGAACUGGAGAAUGCAGAGUCCCCUCAGCCCUCUGCAAACCUGCGUCGUCCACCAGCAGUCCGCCUUGACCGUCCUGCGCCAAUACCUGCAGGAUCAGAGGCACCUUGGUCCGGCUCGGCCCAGCCCAGCCCAGCCCCCCGGGGGCUGCUCCACCUUGAGCCAGGGCGGCUCCAGCAGGAGGAUCCCACCGCCAGCUCCUUCCAGCAAACGCAGGACCAUCCUCCAGGUCGCCCGAGAGAGCAGGUUAACCCGCUUCAUAGGCUUCACUUCGGGUUUACUCAAUCUCGAGCAGAAUUCAUUGGCUCCACUUCAUCUCCACGUGGAGUGGAAGCUCAGCGCCGAGCUCAGAAACCUCUGCAGUCGCAUGGCAGCCCGAGAUGAUUGCCUCCGGUUAGAUGCGGAUCUGAAAGCGAUCGAGCAGUGUCUGCGAGAGAUUGCCCUGCAGUUACUGAGUUCACUGUCCUCGGACAACUCCGCUACGCAGCUGCACACCAUCCCUGCGCUGAAAGAACUCUGCCAGAAGUACCUGGAGGUUUGAACUCACGGGAAUCAGAGGAUGGAGCUGCUGGUAUUAAUUCGCUGACAUUAGGCAACACCUCCAUGAGCAACAUUGAACCACCUCAGUCCGUGUAGAUGUCAGUUUUCUUUGUGAUUCUGAAACAACCGAGCAGUUUAGAGUUAAUGUAUUUCUGUGGAACUUGUAUCAUGGAGGCCAGACUGGGUGAAGAGGGUAGAGUUCAUUCUCUCUCGGACAUUAGUAACUCUGCCAGAUUACUGGACUGGGACCAAGUUUGAGUCAUAGAGAUUGAAACAGACCCUUCAGUCCAACCCGUCUACGCCAACCAGACAUCCCAACCUAAUGUAGUCCCACCUGCCAGCACCCGGCCCAUAUCCCUCCAAACCCUUCCUAUUCAUAUACCCAUCCAGACAUCUUUUAUCUUCUGACUUGUUUCAACACUGCAUCCAAAUUCUCAAGUUGCCAGGGUAGGAUUUAAACUCACAGAUUUUAGGUUGUUAGUUCAGGGUUCUUAUUCCCGAAUACAAGAUGCUGCUGUUGUUUUUGAAAGUGUGGAUGGCAGGUACAGUUCGUCAAAAUAUACAGCGUGCUUCACAUGUGGUGCUGCCUUCCCAGCUGAUGUCACCACAAAGGACUGUCCUUCUGAAUGUCUCCGUUCGCCUGGGGCGUACUAAUCCUCAGGUUAAACCACCACCGUAUGGUUCAAUAGGACUAUGGUGACUUUAUAUACAAGCACCGGCAUUACUUUCACAGUGGCAACGACAACUGAUUAGGAGAAAGUGAGGACUGCAGAUCCUGGAGAUCAGAGCUGAAAAAUGUGUUGCUGGAAAAGCGCAGCAGGUCAAGCAGCAUCCAAGGAGCAGGAGAAUCAAUGUAUCGGGCAUAAGCCCUUCUUCCUGACACCACCUACUGCCCUGGCACCACAUACUACCAUAGGAGCCACGUGCACUUGACCAGUUUUCUUCACACCAUCAUUGGCGGCUUGAUUCUAAGAUCUGGAAGUCUCUCUUUCCCUCACUCUAUUCCUCUAAGUUCCUCAUUACAUAACUAACUGUCCAAUUUUUGUCUGAUAGUGUUACUGUAAAGCAUCCCUAAAGCAUUUGUAUCACAUUAAAAGUGUUAUGUAAAUAGGAAUUGUUACUGCUCGCUGACUUGAUGCCUAAUGGUACAUGACAGACACUGACCUUGAUUGGUAGGCUGGAUAUGGGGGACUGCUGGAAAUCCUACACUGGCAGGGUGUUGGCUCAGCAGUGGCGGAGUGGGGACUCCUGGCUGUGGUAGGCACAGAGCAGGGACUCCUGGCUGUGGUAGGCACAGAGCAGGGACUCCUGGCUGUGAUAGGCACAGAGCAGGGACUCCUGGCUGUGAUAGGCACAGAGCAGGGACUCCUGGCUGUGAUAGGCACAGAGCAGGGACUCCUGGCUGUGAUAGGCACAGAGCAGAGACUCCUGGCUGUGAUAGGCACAGA